AUGUUUUGUGUUACAGGGUGCGGAUGUGACGAGAGGGGAUCCAUUUCCUCCAGCUGCGACAUUGUUACUGGUCAGUGUUCCUGUAGGCAGGACGUCGUUGGCCUCACCUGUAACUCCUGCAGGCCUGGUUUUUGGGGUCAUGUGAAAGGUUCUGGAUGCCUGAAGUGCAACUGCCACGAACUAGGUAGCAUUCACCCCCAGUGUAACGAUGCUACCGGACAGUGUCGGUGUCGGCCGGGAGUCGGGGGCCAUCGCUGCCAUACUUGCCUUCCUGGUUAUUGGGGAUUCUCCAGGCAGGGCUGCAAACCUUGUGAUUCGUGCAAUAGUCCAGGCCAUUUUUGUGAUCCCAAUUCUGGACGUUGCAUUUGUCCAACUAACACAGAAGGUGACCGCUGUGAGAGAUGUUCUCCUGGCUCUUGGGAUUACCAUGCGUCUCGAGGCUGCAGGCCUUGCAACUGCUUAGGAGCCGGGGCUUUGAGUCGCCAGUGUGACUCCCGUACUGGCCACUGUGUGUGUAAAGAAGCUUAUGAAGGCGACCAUUGUGGUAAAUGCAAGUUUGGAUUCUUUGGAUUCCCAAUAUGUAGUCCGUGUAAAUGUAACAAAGCAGGCACCAAUCCACAUAACUGUGAUAGCAAAGGACGAUGCCAGUGUGAUGAAAAUGGACAGUGCCCAUGCAAGUCUAACGUGGUGGGUCGUAGGUGUGGUAAGUGUGUGGGCGGGACAUUUGGCCUUUCGGUAAACAAUCCCUCUGGGUGUACCAGUUGCUACUGCUUCCGGAGAACCAACAAGUGCAUACAAGCUGACCUCACAUGGUCUCAGGUAGGACUGACUAUUACUUGAGGUUGGAGUUGGGGCUAGGAAGUGCAGCAGAGGAAUAUUUUACAGUUGUAGUUUAGACAAUCUUCCUUGGUAUUGGGUACUGGUAAUUUAAUAACUGCUUUUGUAGUGCAGAAUAGCUCUCAGACACUCAUAAUGGUAAAGCUUGGACUUACACAUAUACAGAUGUACACAUUUUUCUGAUACAGGUAUUAAUGAGCAUGAGCCAAAAUAAGAUUAAUGUUUUUUUUUUACAUUUACUUUGUAAAUUCACUAAUAAUUAGACAAUGCAGUCAUAUAAUGGUUUUAGAUACAGUAUAUAGGGCUGAAACAUUAAACUUUUGUAAAUUAUAAUUUAUAUACAGUACUUUAAAAAAAUGUCAAGGAUUGAUCUUGAAAACUCCAUUUACAGCCAGGUCAGGACAAGGAGACUCGUACCCUAAUUCAACAGGCUCCAACCCAUUCUUAAACCUUGACAGUAAUGGCUGGCACUAAUAAACAAUUAGUAUCACAACCAUUGCCCAUAGAAAUGGAAAUCUGAAAUAACAGUUACCCUAGAGGUCAUAUUUCAGGCCUCUUUUUACCCAUCUUAUCCUCUCUGGAUUUCCUGUAAUAAACUUCAGCUCAUCUGAACUCUACAUUAAAUCAAUAGAGAGGAAAGGGAGGUCCUGUCUCUUUGGCCUAAUUCAGCUAUAAAUGGGGUUUCGAGAAUCAGUCUUUGAUAUUUAGUCUACCAUUGGUCCCAGGAGACUCGAGUAUAUAAUAUCAUAGGAAAAAAAAAUACUGAUCAUUACACAACAUUGAUACAGUACACGUAUGUUAUCUUGGCAGAAAGUUGUAACAUUUAUUGUACUAAGAGGUUGUACAGUACUUGUUGAAAGAAGGGACGGAGACAAACGCACAGGAUGACGUGAGGGAGUGUAUGAGUGUGAUUUUGUGCAAGUUUGGGGAAAGGCUUCACAGUUGGUACACAGCUAGUUAGUUGGAGAUACUGUAGAUACAUAUUGAUACAUUAUACUGGUAGAUGGGCCUUAGUUAUGGGUAUACAAGUACUAAAUAGAUAUAGACACGGCUGACCAUCCACACUGUUUUAGGGUACAUCAGAUUUGGUUUCCGAGGUGAUGGAUGGAAACUACAUAAAAGACAGCUGGUGUUUCUGAGCGGUGAUAGUUCAAGAUUAGACAAUAGAGUUGAAAAGCCUGUUUAAAUACUAUAGGAAUUUGGAGGAUAAAUACAUUAGGUUCCAUGGAGAGAGAGAGAGAGAGAGAGAGAGAUAAAUGGGUCAUAUACUGUACAGUUGAGAUGUGGUAGUGUUGGUAUGAAGGAGCCUCAUGAUGUAUCCAGUAAUUCAGUAUGCAUAGUGUAUUAAGGUACUAUGAAGCAUUAUAACCAGUGUGAAGGUUACGAAUUCACUUUGUUUGAAAGCUGAGGAUAUGAGGUUGUGUGGAGUGUUCCUAUUUGAUGUUUCAAUUCAUUCCUUUUUCUCCCCAUAAUAUUUUUUUGCACUUCUAUUCUGUGUAUUUUUCUCUUGAUCAUAUUGUCUCUCUCACUGUUUCUGUAUCGCUUGAUUUAUUUGAUGCAUAUAGAAGCAGAGAGUUUUAUCCUAGUACAGUGUUGUAUCUUAGUACAUGUACAGGUACCUGGAAUUAGUAGCCCCUGUGUCCUCAUAAGUGCCUGACAUUUUGAAGCUCAGAUUUGUGAUUAUUUUGUAUUUUCGACUCCUUAAACGUUGCUAGUACACAUCGGCACCUUUACAUUUCUGAAGGUACAUCCUUAGUUAAACAUUCAUGUAAAUUUCACAUUGUCAUCAUAAUCAUUCUUGGCAUAAUCAGCCCCUGGCAUCCUCAUUACCUUGGUGAUGCUGUGGUUUUGUGAUGCACAGUUAUCAUACUGGAAUAGCAUUCAGAACACCAGACAAGCUAAAAUUAAUGUAAAACUGUGUGUGUGUGUGUGUGUGUGUGUGUGUGUGUGUGUGUGUG